AUGACAGUUUACCUAUGCGAAUUCCUUGGAAGGCGAUUUGGUUCAUGUGGCUUGGCUUAUUCUGUGCAGUCCAAGUUGAACGCUGAGGGAAUUGAACGUAGUGUGGAGCUGAAGACGAGGAUCGGCUUCAAUCUGAUUUUUUGCCUGGACUAUUUGGCAAUGGCACAAGACGUGUUCGGCGUGGAAAGGUGCUCGACUGUCUACUGGAUAGCACUAUUGGGCCUUUACCCGGUUGUGGCAGUGUCUGUCCUGAUGGCCAUGAGGUUUAUGCAAGAGCUGGCAGCAUGGCAUGAGUCUCGACAUGACCCGCCAGUCGAGGGUGAGCCAGAUCUGGGUAGGGCAGGAUUGACUUUGGUACCGCUUCUGGCCAUGGCAGUGGGGUUGCUGGCAGGGCUUCUCGGUCUUGGCGGAGGUGAGUUCAUGGUCCCUUUGUUGCUGGAGCUUGGCCUGGCAGCACGGGUUGCAGCAGCGACGUCUGGCUUUCUGAUUUUCUUCAACACCUCGUCAAAUGCCAUUCAUUAUUUGAUCGGCGACACAAUUCAGCCUUUCCUGGACUACGGCAUUCCAUGUUUUAUCUUCGCGAUGCUGGGUUCCCUGUGUGGCUUGCUCGCAGGAAAUACGCAUUACGUGCGGACCCACAGCUACAUCAUUAUUUUCUUGGUGGCUUUUGCGUUGUUUGCCUCCGCCAUCCUCCUGAUGCUCCGCGGAUUCGCCGAGGUCGAUUGGGCCUUUGGAGGUGCUUCUGGGUCAACCCCGGUGACGGAAGAGAAAGAGAGGAGGUUCAAAUACAGACACCUGGACCAGUUCGUCUCCGACGACCGAGAAUUGAAGAUGGCUGCCCGGGAGCAGGAUGUGAAGGACAACCUACAAAAGUGGGCUCGCUUCUUGCGGCAGACCCGCCCUUUGCGGGAAAAGUAUGGUUCCCAGCUCUUGGGCACAGAUCACGCCACCAACGUGGUCAUGGAUGAAAAACAGAGGCAGUUCUUUGAAGCUAAAGAUUUCUGCGCCACUCUUGCCCGUGAAGCCCUUGCAGCGCGCGCUGUCCAGGUUGAGAGCGAUGGGCCGAGCCGGCGCUUGCGCUUGGAACUGGACGAGGCCAUCAGUCCUUUGGCCGAUGGGGAUGAGGUCUUGGCACCUGACAAGGAACAUGUGCUUCACCUGGGCAUUUUGGUGGAUGAGCACCAGCUGGAGUUGCCCAAGUUCUAUCGAGUGGUGCAGUUCAGGGGGAAAGCAAUGGCUUUGCCUGAGGGCCGCUUGGUUCCUUGGAAAGGCUAUGCCGAGCGAUUGGCACAUGGAACGGAAGAAGGCAAUACUUUGUGCUGUUCUCACAGCUGGAGCGUUUGGCGCUGUGAGAUUUGGACUGAAGGACUUUUCUCUUUACUUUUCUGGGCCUUGGGCUUUUUGGAGUCGAGCGUGGGAAGAGCGGAGGAGCGUUUCCUGAUCGACUGGACAGAUGAACGAAUACUUUUCCAUGGGAGUGGACAGCUGGGAUAUUCCUCCAAUGCUUGGAAUCAUUUUUUCGAGCAGCCUGGUGGUGAUCCACCAAAGCUGAAGGAAAAGCUCGGUGAGUGCCAGGAAGCCGGAAGACUGAAGAUCGUCGUUCGCUUUGGGCCUCCCUGGUUCCAGAAGUUUGGUGAAUUCCGCGGUGCGGAUGAGGGUGAUGGGCCAUUUCGAGAAAUCAAAGGCGGCCGUCUUGAUGAAGCAACAGCAGAGCUUGGACGCCAGGCGGUAAGGCGAUGGGUGCGCGUGCGCCCCGCGAUUCUACAUCGUGCAGAAGAGUGGCUGAAUGAGCACUCAGAGGGUGGCCGCCGAUUGGCAGUGCAUCUCCGUCGCACGGACAAGUUGGAGCAAUGCAGGCCUUACUUGGAGUCGGAGGAUCACUUCUUGAACUCCUUUGUGUGCAGAUGUCGCGAGGCGAUCAAGGCCCAGACGAACGGCGCCGAGGCGCAUGAUGCCUUGGACCACUUGGCGCUUGGAUUGGCCAGUGAAGAACGACUUGCAUACGGAGCCUUUGCCCGAUUUGACAAGAAUCGGAACCAUUUCUUGCAAGGCAUCGAGAUUGAGUACAUGCUGGACUACUUGGGAUUCCCCCACCAGCAAGAAGACGUUCAAAGAUUUGUUGCGGCCGUUGACAAACUGGAAACCGAUGGAAAGAUCUCACCAGACGAAUUCUUGAAGGUCGUUGGCUCUUUCGGCGGUUGCUGCAAGCUGUUUGAGAUGCGUCGAAAACAAAUCGAAGCACGCGGUACUGAAUUGGAAGUGCCCGAAGAUGUGAAAGAGAGCGACUUGCGAUGUCAAUUGCUUUCCUGUGGCAUUUUGGACGAUGAGCUGGCAACGUGGAAGCCAGUGGUCAGUUCUGCAGACAUGAAGGCUACAGCCAGCUUGCAACCUUGCCAAAUGGAAGCACUGCAGCACGUGCGGAACUUGGCCCGGAUCAACCACGAGAAGGCGCUUCCUGAGCUCACAGAGAAGUUCCAAUCAAUGGGUUACAAUGUGCAAGAUAUGUGGAUGACUUUGGCUUGGAUCCGCGAGCUGGCACCAAUCAUCAUCCACAUCAACCUGCCGGCUAUCGGAGAUUUUUUGGCGAGGGACAGCCACUACAGGAAUCAGUUUGAGACCCAGAACUCGGGUGGCCUGCUGGACUUGAAUGUUCGCAACAGUUGGGAAGGAUCCUUGUUCGGGCGUGCUUACGAGGUUGGGGUCUGUCGACGACUUUUGUUCUAA